UCAAUAAUAAAAAUUGUUCGAUAUAAAAGUUAUAAAUAAUUAAAUUGUUAUGCAAUUAUUUUUAAAAUAUUUAAAGAACAAAAACUAUUUAAAACCCACUAAAAUCAAAAUUCUCAUUAUUAUUUUGUUACACGAGUCCACAAUGGAAGACACGAAUGUCGAAGAAGAAAGUUUAAAUUCAGAUGUUGCUGCAAGCGGUUUAGUCGCUCUUUGUGAUCGAGUUAACAAUGCACAUCAAUAUCCAGAAUUAAUUGACAAAAAUUUAGAGUUUGUAGCUGCUCAAUUUGUGGAAGAUUCUUCAUUACGUAUAUUUGUUCGAAACAUAUCUAAUUCAACCUCAUAUGACAAUAAAAAUAAUAAAAUAAUUAGAACUGCUGAUGAAGGUACUAGCAAAAUUACUGCAACUUAUUCUGUUGAUAAAAAUAAUCAUAUUACACAAAUUUAUGAUGCUAAAGAAGUGUCAAAUACAUCUAAUAUUCAGGAAGAAAUUCAAUGGGAGGAUAAAGUCGAAGAAUCAGAGGUAAUUUCCCUGGAACACGACCAUGAAGAUGAUCACAAUAAUGUUGAAAUAUCAAUAGAUAUUGAAGACGAAAGUACUGUCAAAAACAGCACUUUAUAUGAUAAAGAAUAUGAUACUGAGACAGAUGAUAUAAGCAGUCAAAAUAUUGAAGACUCAACACAAUUUAGUGAAUGUUUUAAUGAAGAUGAUGAUGGGAAGCUACUUUUGCAGUUUGCAGAUGUGCUUGAUGAAAGCUAUUUGCAAAUAUUAAAGAGUCGGCAAGCAUUAAUGAGGGAAGCAGUCGAGUGGAAAGUGUAUGCACGAACAUUGCUAGAGAAAGGUUGCUCAGAUGGUGCAAACUUUUAUGAGCCUGAAAUAUUGACUGUUCUCAAAGCAACUGACGAUAUUGCAAUGAAAGCAGAAAUUUUGUCAAGGAUUACAGAAAAAGAUAUGCUACAACCAUCAGUCCAAUUUUGGGAUUUUGAGCAAGUGUAUGCUAGGAAUGGUGCAGGGCGGCCUUUAAACUGUCCAAGUUGUUCAUGUCCCAUGACAUUUGUUUCUUUUGGACAAAGAUUUGCUCUACGAAUGUUAUAUGAUUUAGAUAAACCUGUGUUACUUGUUACAUCUUUUCUGCGUUGCUCUAACAAAGGUAAAAAACAGCAUGAAAUUUUAGGUUAUGAUCCACGUCUUCUGCGAAUGUUCCCAAACCUGGAUUUACCUUUUAUGUUAUUUCACAAGGCUGGGAUAACUAAACGAAUGAUGGAAUUUAUAAUGGAUAAUGUUAUUAGUGGUAUGACAGUGAACAGAUUAUUUGAUGUGGUUAAGACAAAGUAUGAAGUAAACCAUACCAUUACAUCACAAUUUUUUGCAAAUGAAAUUGACAGUAUUAGAGACCAUGUUACUGCUGCUGGAGGCCAAAUUGAAAUAAGCAAUGAAGCUAUGUUCCCACCUUACGUUAAUUGUCAUCCUAGUAAGGCUCUUUUAGGUCGAUGUUUCUUAGCUUCAUUUAAAGAAAAGGACGAUUAUUAUAAGUUUUGUAUGCAUCAGUUAUUAUCUAAUGAAUGUAUAAUUUUGGAUGAUAGCUUUUGUGUUGGAGCUAGAAUUGGUUUGCCAGGUGUCUGGGGAAAUCCAAUGAAAUUGUUUCUAGAAGAAUAUCGUGGUAUACUUUUGGUGUAUAAUGAAGCAAAGCAUGUUUUGACCUGGACAUUUUUAAAAGAAACAUGUUUUAGUGAAGUACACGAUGUGUUAGUAGAGCUUUGUGAUAGACAUAAUAAACACAAUAAGUCACUAAAAGCUUGUUUCACAACUAAAUGCUGUGAAUGGCGAGAUGAUUUGAGACAAAUAUUUGGAAAAUGGUUUAUUGUUAAAGGAAAUCUUCGUUUUUUUCUGGACAAAAUAAUAAAAGAAAUGCCAUCUGACCAUACUUAUUUUAAAGAAUGUUCCAAUGAAUUAGCCAUGGUUUUUCGGGAGCCAGAUGAUAUUGGAGAUGUGCGCAAGGAUUACACAACUGAUCCAAUUUUGAUUGCUCAUAAUUUACAAGAAUUUAUGACACGGUGGAAAGAUGUGAUAGAUGAUCAACUUCAAGCUGUUUUUCCAGAAAAAGCUGUUAUGCUUCUUCAAGAGUUAGAAAAACAUGUUCAAAAUGGUUGUUUGAGUGGUAUCCCUCCAGAAGUUGGAAAUGAUAAUUUUAAUGAGGUCCACAAUGCUUUGCGAAAAUCAAUCUCUCAUUGUAGAAUUACUGUUCCACUAGUAUCAGCUUUAUUUUCUAUGUGUCUUCAUGAAAUAAACAAGAACAAAGGGGCCUCAAUGGAUUUUCAAUAUAAAUCUUCUGAAAAUAUCCAUUUCAAACAAAUAAAUGACAUUGAGGAAACACUUGAUAUAUCUAUUGAAGGCAUGACAACUGUAUCAAUUCAGACUGAAAAUAAAAUAAAUGUCUUACAAGACAUGAAAGAGAAAAAGCAGACAAUUAUGCCUAUUUCUGAUAUAGUGAGCGCAGUGAAUGUAUUCUAUACCAAAAAUAAUUUUAAAAUGUCUCAAUAUUUGAUACAAGCUUUGAUGUAUUACAAGUAUGAAGAAGAUUUUGAUGCAUUUGCACCGCAGGCAAUAAAAAAUCUUCGAUUGUUACCAUAUUAUUCAUCAGCAUUAAAUUUAAUAUCGCAUUCUGCUUUUCCAAGGGAGCCUUUUGAAUCAGAUCUAAAUAAGAUUGUUGCAGGAUUGUCAAACGUUGAGCUAAAGAUUCGUAGACUACAUAUAGAUACGUUAAGCUGCAGUUGUUUGAAUGGUUCGAUUAAUGAUAUUUUUUAUAUUGUUGCACGUCAACUGAUAAAGGACAAAAUUGGUGAUAAUCUUUCAGUGGAUGUUUUAGAAUAUUUAAAAUUUUUAAUAAACCUUGGUGUUCAAGUUAUUGAUCGUAAGGAAAAAGAUUUAAUACAAGCUCUUGAAAAUCUUGUGGGCUACACAAAAAAAUAUAAAAGCUCACUUUUAUCCAACACUAGUUUUGAGAAUUUUACAAUGCAACAAGAUUUGGUUGCGUUAAAAGACAAUAAUGAAGAUUUAACAUCUGACUCUGUAGGCACUUUAAAUGACAAUGAUGAAAUUGAUUUUUUAAGUUCAAAUUCUAAAGCAGUCAACAGACAGAGAAGCUCCGCAGCUCCAUCCACAGCUCCAUCACAAUCAUUAACACAGUCUAAUCUUAUGGAUAUAGAAUGUCAUGAGGCUCAUGACCAAGAGGAAGAUGAAUCUUGUAAAAUAAAUAAUUCACCUGGACAAACUAAUGAAAUUCAUACAGAUGAAGUAAAUUCUGCUUUAAUCAGCUUUGAAUUUGAGCUUUUAAAAAGGUUAGCAGAUAAGCUAGGUGCAGUUAUCACUAUAAUAACAAACUUGGAGCAUUGCUGGUUGAUACCAAUAUUUCCUGACAUAUUUAAUCUUUUUUCUCCUCACUUUUUUGUUGUGUAUCGUUUUGGUCGUUUUUUUCCUGCAUGGCUCACCAAUAAAGCUUCAGUUUCAUCUAUACGAAAUAUAAACUUAAAAAGACAAGGAAAAGAGCCUCAAUGUCGAUGUGGCCGCGGAACUCCGGGUAAAGAUGACCAAGCUAAAUGUGUUUCAAAAGACAAAGGAAAGUACAUGACCAGAUGCAUCUGUUUUAGACUUGAUCGAGCUUGUGGAGUGUUGUGUGAUUGUCGAAAUUGUGAAAAUCCCUUUGGGAAGAAACCUGAAAAAAUGCGCACAAGAAAAAUCAGGGUGCCAUAUAGGCAAAGGUAUGCCCACGAAGCUGCCAAAGUUGCUACUUGCAAAAGUUCUGCAUUGUCUACUACCAUAGCAACCCAAACAAACAUUAAUGAAGGCGAUGCAGAUUGUGAAAUGGAAAGUUGGGUUCCAAUAGAACAUUGUAUAUUUGAGUCACUGAUAAAUGAAAUAAAAUCUGAUGAUAAUAUUAUCACCCCAUUAGAAGUUAAGGACACUUUUAAUUCAGUUGUUGAGGAGCUUUUAAUUGUACCUGAACUCUCCAAUAUUGUCCAUAGAAAAACUAUUGAGCAAAUCUCACAAAAACUGCAACAAAGAGAGAGAGAUGUUGCUGAAUAUUUGAAAACAUAUCAAUUGCAAGUAGAUAUUUCACUCGGCUGAAAAAAUUUUACUUUUUGUUAAUAAAGCUUUCAAUCUUUUUGUUUUAAUAGUUUUUGUUAUUUACUUGUCAAACUUCUUUGUAAAUAGUUUAGAGUUAAGAAUAAUAAUAAUAAAAAAGAAAAGGAA